GAAAAAAGCAAUGAAGAAAGUGAAGAAGGCAAAAAAACCGUCCAAUGUUAGGAUAAACUGGUUUGGUGAAAAAAAGACAUAUUGCUGGGAUAUUGCUAUUCGGAAUUCCAGGACCAAAAAGGACAAUGUUCAGCAUUUUCCAAGGGAAGUAGCAAAAGAGUGCUUGAGGAAGAAUCAGAAGGAGAUAACAAUUAGAGAUGUUGACCUCCAUGUUGAAUUCAAGUGUACAAUCAAGACAACAAAGCGUAUGGGGGUACCAAGCCCAUCGGAGAAAUACAUGACUCAAGGAUGGUAUAACUAUGUGAACACGAAAAGAUUCGCAAACGGCGACACGUUGUUGUGUCAAAUGGAUCGAUUUUCUCCGUAUCUCUCCGUAUCUCUGUCAUGGGGGGGGGGGGGUCUAACAGAACAUAUAAUGUGGAUUUAGUUUUUGUAUGUGAUAUAUUUAUAAGUUAUUUGUAUGUUAUGGAUAAUGGUU